AAACUUCAUCGUGUGUGUCAAUGAAGGAGUGAAAAGAUGGUCCUUUGUGAGUGAAAAUUCACGAACAAAUAGUUAAUAAUAGGGUUUCUUGUGAUACAUUGUUGCAAUUAGUAUGGCUGUCAAUUGGCCAGUCGUGUAUUUGGGCUAUCCGGAUGAGUACGUGUCGGAGAAGCAUGCUUCCUCGGUGGAUUUCACCACAAACAAAAUAGGAGGGACUCCCAAUUGGCCAAUAUCGGGCAUCACGGUGCCCAACUGUCCGCUGUGCGGCCUCGCGCGGCCCCUCGUCCUCCAAAUCUACGCCCCACUGGAGGGUUCGCAAUUUCACAGGACGCUUUACGUCUUCUCCUGCUUGAACUCCUGCUCCAGCCAGUCCAGCAGCUGGCUCUGCGUGCGCUCCCAGACGCUGGAGAAGACCUUCGAGAAGGACACCACGCGUUUCCGCGGCGCCGAGAGUCACACGGUGAACGUGAACUGGUGCGCCGGAGCCAAUGACUGGGACGUGCCGGAAGACACGAAGCUGGCAGACGCUGAGAACUGCAAUGAGGAGAAUGGCAACACCAUCAGCAAGAGCGACAAGAUGUCUGAUGAGGACGACGAGAGUAAUUCCACGGAAGUGGAUCUGCUCAAUAUUAUCGAGAAUGUCCAUAUCGAUGAGCGCAAUGCCAACAGUGGGGCGCAAGAGGGCGGAGCCGCUGCUGUGAACAAUUCGCCCAAAGCGUCGGCGGAAAUUGAGAUGGACGAGACGGAGUUGAUCAUCAUUGACAGUCCGGUGGUGCCACAGAGAGAUCUCAUUGCGCUGUUCCGGCAGAACAGCGUGCUGUCGUCCGAACAGGUGAAUCUCACGCUCAGGAGCUUCUUCAUCAACGUGGCCGAAGAGAGUCAGUCAGCAGUGGAACAUUCAGAUCACAUCAGAGAUCUCAUUCAGGAGUAUCAGAAGAAAGACGAGGAUCUCAAGAAGAGUCCAGAAGGCGCCGGAGGCGGUGAGAUCCUGGGAGAUGGAGAGCACUAUGAGAAGGGUGUUCCUGCUCAUGGUGACGUGAUGUUUCACGCAUUUAUCACGCGAAUCCAGGAGAAUCCUGGACAAAUCCUAAGGUAUUCCCGGAAUACAGUGCCAUUACUCAUAAGCUACUUGAAGGAGUCCAUUCCCAAGUGCACAUACUGCGGAAGUGAUCUAAUCUGUGAGCUGCAACUGUUGCCAACGAUUAUUCCUCAUCUCCAGCUGGAGAACUGUGAUCAGGCACCCAUUGAGUUCGGCAACGUGCUCAUCUACACCUGUUCCAAGAGCUGCUGGGACACGCCAGACAAGAUGCGCAUUGAGAAUGUCAUCGUGCAGGAGGAGACAUAAAUUAUUCCCAAAUCAAUUUUACCGAUAACACGUCAGUAGAUGAUCGAAUUGUAGCGUGUGGAAGUGAAGAAGGAGUUCAAUUAGGUCGUUUUGGAGUCAAUGUGUAAUACUAGAGAUUGAGGAAGAGGAUGUGAAGAGAGUAGGAUCUUUUCGGAAUUGCGACACUCGCAGUAGAAAUCUAUAUUUGAAUUUUAUCUUGUUCACGAUAUUUCUGUACGGAUGUUCAAAAAGUAAAUUUAUCACACACACAGAGUAGAUGUGCAACAACUUUCGAGGAAAGUCAGCAAAAAUAAACUGAUAACA